GAGAGAGAGAGAGAGAGAAGGAAAAUUCAUUUUUAAAAUCCUUAUUUGGGAAUGAAAAUCAAACACUAUAGGGUGAAGCAGUAAGGUUAUCUAAUCCAUUUGCUUUCCAUGCUCAAUCUUUCUCUGAAGAAAAGAUCGAGCUGAAAAUGGUGGGCGGCUGGAGAAGAGCUUUUUGCACCUCCAUUACCAAGAACCAAGACAGCCCGGUUUUACCGGAAAAACAACCGGAGCAGCGAAGCAAUGGCAUCAAGACCCCAAGAUUUAACACAAAGAUUGGGUUUUUCUCCAACCCAUCAACGCCCAGUCUUCGUUGUCGAACCAGUUCAAACCCAUCUUCUUCACUUCCCAACAGCCCCAAGCUCCAUUGCAGAGCAUCCCAUCUCUCUAAUCCUCCCUCCCCUAAAUCCCCUUCCACUUUCUCCUUCCUCAAGACGACUCUUCGCCUCUCCAAAGGAGGUCGAUGUGGAAUCUGUUCACAAAGCGUGAAAACGGGUCAAGGUACGGCGAUUUUCACGGCGGAGUGUUCCCAUUCUUUUCAUUUCCCAUGCGUCGCUGGCCACAUCAAUAAGCAGCGGUUUUUAAAUUGCCCCGUCUGUUCCACCUCCUGGAAGGAGCUCCCUUUACUUUCACUUGAAGAGACCGGUAAAACUCCUCUCAAGAACAUCAACACGAAGGCCAAGUCGUUUCGGGUCUACGACGACGAUGAGCCAUUGGGCUCCCCUCUUUCACUUUCUCAGUUCAAUCCCAUUCCGGAAAACGACGAAGUGGAAGAGGAAUUCAAGAGGAAAGAGAUUGAAGUUUAUACAAGAAACGUGGAUGUUAGGUUGCUACAAGAGGCGGCGAUGGUGGCGGUUGGGAGGAGUUACGAAAGUUAUGUCGUGGUCAUGAAAGUGCACGCUCCGACCGCCACGUGCAGAGUGAAGAGGGCUCCGAUUGACUUGGUCACGGUGUUGGAUGUCAGCGGCGGUGGGAUGCGGCUGCAGAUGGUGAAGCGUGCGAUGAGGUUGCUCUUCUCUUUGCUUAACGAAAUGGACCGUCUGUCCAUAGUGGUUUAUUCGUCUAGUUCGAAACGGUUGUUGCCAUUGAAACGGAUGAGUUCCGACGGCCGGAGAUCCGCAAGGAGAAUUGUUGACGCCCUGAGAAGCAACGGACAGGGGACGAGUGUCAACGACGCGGUUAAAAAGGCCGCCAAAGUGUUGGAUGAUCGGAAAGAGAAGCGCCGUGGCAGCCUCGUGAUCAUAUCCGACGGUCAGGAUAAUAAUCAGUCCCAGAGGAACUCCAACAAUCAUAAUCUCCCGGUUGUUUCGACCACGCGCCUGCCACAGUCGGAUAUACGCGUGCAUUCCAUCGGUUUCGGCACGUGCGGUCAUGCUCCAAACGACGACUCCUUUUGUAAAAUCUUGAACGGUCUUUUAGGCGUGGUUGUUCAAGACGUCAGACUCCAACUGGGAUUCGUAUCCGGUUCGGCGCCGGGUGAGAUUUCGUCGGUCUAUUCAUUGACGACUGGACCGGCUUUCGUGGGGUCGAAUUCGGUGCGGAUCGGGGAUUUGUACUCGGGCGAGGAGAGAGAAUUAUUAGUGGAGCUGAAAGUACCCGCAUCGUCCAGCGGGUCUCACAGGGUGAUGUACGUACGGUACUCUCACCGUGAUCCAUUUACUCAAGAGAUGCUCUACUCGACGGAUCAGCGGAUGUUAAUACCUCGUCCGUCGCAGUUGCUACGGUCCUCGUGUCGCUCCAUCGAACGGUUAAGGAACCUGUACAUCAGCACGCAUGCGGUGGCGGAGUCCCGGCGUUUGAUGGAGCGUAACCAUUUAUCGGAGGCGCGUAAUUUGCUGACCUCGGCUCGAGCCUUGUUGGUGCAAACCGGAUCGGGAUCAGCCGAGGAAUUUAUCCGCGGACUGGAGACAGAGUUAGCGGAGUUGAACGGGAGGCGCCGGAGAGAAAGGGCAAAUAACAAUAAUGCGGUGGAAGACAAGGCUGAGCCGUUAACACCGACGUCGGCGUGGAGAGCGGCGGAGAGAUUGGCUAAAGUGGCGGUAAUGAGGAAGCAUAUGAAUAGAGUUAGCGAUUUACAUGGAUUUGAAAAUGCCAGAUUUUAAUUUAUUUUCUGCUUCGUGUUUAUUCCACUGGUUUGAUGUGUAACACAACGCUGCAAAAUUUUAUAGAAAUAAAAAAGACUUGAAAUGGACG